CUUGUGCAGCAGCGGCAGCAGCAACUCGGCACUCCUUCGCGACGAUUCGGCCGGGUGCCCCUGGCGGCCGUUGCCAGGGUGGGGGUCGCUUUGCGGCAUGGCGAUGGCGGAGGGCGAGCGGACUGAGUGUGCUGAGCCCCCCCGGGACGAGCCCCCGGCUGAUGGCGCUCUGAAUCGGGCAGAGGAGCUCAAGACGCAGGCCAACGACUACUUCAAAGCCAAGGACUACGAGAACGCGAUCAAGUUCUACAGCCAGGCCAUCGAGCUGAACUCCAGCAAUGCCAUCUACUAUGGCAACCGCAGCCUGGCCUACCUGCGCACCGAGUGCUACGGCUACGCGCUGGCCGACGCCACACGGGCCGUCGAGAUCGACAAGAAGUACAUUAAGGGCUACUACCGCCGGGCUGCCAGCAACAUGGCCCUGGGCAAGUUCCGGGCCGCCCUGCGUGACUACGAGACGGUGGUGAAGGUGAAGCCCCACGACAAGGAUGCCAAAAUGAAGUACCAGGAGUGCAACAAGAUUGUGAAGCAGAAAGCCUUUGAGCGGGCCAUUGCAGGAGAUGAGCACAAGCGCUCCGUGGUGGACUCGCUGGACAUCGAGAGCAUGACCAUUGAGGAUGAGUACAGCGGUCCCAAGCUCGAGGAUGGCAAAGUGACAAUCACCUUCAUGAAGGAGCUCAUGCAGUGGUACAAGGACCAGAAGAAACUGCACCGGAAAUGCGCCUACCAGAUCCUGGUACAGGUCAAAGAGGCCCUCUCCAAGCUGAGCACGCUCGUGGAGACCACGCUCAAAGAGGUGCGCGCCGUGGGGCAGUGUGCGGACGGGCCAGGGGUGGGGGGCUCCCCGGCUGGGGAGGGGCUGAAGAAGAGGAAGGAGCUUGGAGAGCUCAAAGUGUCCGAGGCUGUGCAGCCAGCCGGAGGGCGCAUCCGCAGCCAAGGCCGGUUGCCAUGA